AAAUUACAAGUGAAUAAUAAAAUCAAUCAAUUUGUUUGAGCGUUUUAGUUAACAACAAACUAAAAAACAAAAAAGUGAUGACAAAAGUGGUACUAAAUUUGCAGAUAACUGGCCUCCGAUGCCAGUCGUGUGUCCAGAAACUCAAGACACUGGUCGCUGAAGUCGACGGUAUCGACAGCCUGGAGAUAGUGUCGGCCGAUGUUAAGACUGGCCAAACAAUUGUUGUCUACGAUCCGGAUGUGAUCGAUGCCGACCAGAUUUGCCAACUGAUCCGUACGGAUAGCCAAUUGAAUGUUACGGUCGAUUUGGUUGAAACAGAUUUUGUCGACAACAACAACGAAACCUGUCCUACGGUUACAACAACACCAACAAGACAUGAAACUAUCGGUAAUUGUCGUAAUAAUAGUCCCAAAAAGUUGACCACCGAUACUGAUCAUCAGCAACAGCAGCGGUCAGCGACAAAAUUAAAGACACACCAAAAAAGUGAUUUAGACAUUAGUAGUUACGAACCGCACGUACGGCCAGUCAAGUGUUAUCUACAGAUACGGGGUAUGACCUGCGCAUCGUGUGUGGCCAACAUCGAGAAACAGUUGAUGAAAACCAAGGGUGUGCUGAGCGCAUUGGUAGCGCUGAUGGCCCAGAAAGGAGACAUUGAAUACAAUCCACGUCUGAUAACACCCGACAGGAUUGCCGAAGUAGUUGAUGAUAUGGGUUUUGAGGCCACUGUCAUCGAUCGGGAUGUAGGCGCCGGCGGCGACGCAUUGCACGACAUAACACUGCAUGUAUUGGGGAUCAGCUCCGAGAAGGAUCUCGAGGUUCUGGAGAAGGAACUCGCGAAACGAUUUGGUGUCAAACGUGUGGACAUUAUCAGCAGAGGAGGAGGAGGAGGAAGACAACGGGCAUCGGCGGUGGCGGACGACGAGGACAAACAACAACAACAUCGGGUCAAAGUAUGGUACGAUCCGGAAUUGGUCGGCGCACGCGAUAUUGUUAACUGUGUCGAACAAAUGGACCGCGGAUUUACCGCAUAUCCGGUUACCGAUACGGCCGUCGGCAGUAAUUCUACCGACCAGGCCAUGCGACACGAAGUACGCAAAUGGCGAAACAGUUUUCUGGUUUCACUUGUAUUUGGCGUACCGACUAUACUGACAAUGAUUAUCUUCAUGUAUGUCCUGCCGCACGAUAAUGGCGGCCAUUGCUGUCUGGCUCCGGGCCUAUCGCUCGAGAACCUCAUACUGUUGGUACUGUCCACUUUGGUCCAGUUUAUCGGCGGUCGACAUUUCUAUGUCCAAGCCUAUCGGGCCUUGAAACACGGUACGGCCAAUAUGGACGUCCUGAUAAUGCUGGCCACUACCAUCGCGUACUUCUACAGUGUAGCCAUUUUGCUCUACUAUAUGGCCCGUGGUUUUCAGGCCAGUCCGCUAACGUUUUUCGACACACCACCCAUGCUAUUGGUGUUUAUAGCGUUGGGUCGUUGGCUGGAAUGUAUGGCCAAACGUAAGACAUCCGAAGCACUGGCGCAGCUGAUGUCACUGCAGGCUACCGAAGCCAAUCUGGUCGAAAAAACUAGUACCGGUAGUAGUGGUGGCCAAUCGGUAGAAAUCCGGCCGAUACCCGUUGAUCUGGUCCAGAGAGGCGAUCUAUUGAAAGUGUUUUCCGGCGGCAAAAUACCGGUCGACGGACGUGUCAUCGAAGGCGAAUCAAUGGUCGACGAGUCGCUGAUUACCGGCGAGUCGUUGCCGGUACACAAAAAAGUCGGUUCGCUAGUCAUCGGCGGUUCAAUCAAUCAGAAAGGAGUACUAGUAAUGGCCGCCACACACGUCGGCAAAGAUACAACACUGGCCCAGAUUGUCAAACUCAUUGAAGAGGCCCAGACAUCGAAAGCACCGAUACAACAGUUGGCCGACCAGAUUGCCGGCUAUUUUGUACCGUUUGUAUUGUUAACUUCAUUGGUAACGCUGUCGGUAUGGAUGGCCAUCGGUAAUGUCUACUUUGAUUAUAUCUAUCAACAAAAUCCCGAUCUCUACGAGGCUAUGGAUCGCCAGGAAGUGAUCAUACAGUUUGCCUUCCAGUGCGCACUCAACGUACUGACCAUUGCCUGUCCCUGUGCUCUCGGAUUGGCCACACCGACUGCCGUUAUGGUUGGCACAGGAAUCGGUGCCGUCAACGGUAUACUCAUCAAAGGUGCCGAACCACUGGAAAAUGCCCACAAACUCGGAGCCGUCAUAUUCGACAAAACGGGAACCAUUACUUACGGCAAACCAGUAGUAACCAAAGUCAUAGUCAUCACCCGAUUCGCUGACCAACGUUCACUGCAACGUAUGUUUGCCGCUGUAGGCAUUGCCGAAGCCAAUAGUCAACAUCCGAUUGGUAAUGCUGUGUCCAAAAUGGUUGAUAAAUUGUUUCAGUUGGACACCGAUCGGACAUCGAACAGUGUUUAUGGCAAAUGCGAUGAAUUUGUUGCCGAACCCGGUUUCGGUAUCCGAUGUUCGGUCAGCCGAAAAACCAUUGAUGAGAUCGUAAGCGACGAAAACUUUCUGAUCGACGAUACUGACGAUGGAUAUCAACUGAAGACUACUAUCAGUGCCGAUGAAGAGUUCAACACUGAUAUCGUCUAUUUGUAUGAACAACGGUCACCGAUACAGCUAAAGGCCGAUAGUUUUCAAGUGGUUAUCGGUAAUCGCAAAUGGAUUGCCAACAACGGUAUGUCAGUGACCGAUGAAGUGGACACCGAAAUGCGUCUACUCGAAGAUAACGGCCAAACAGUAUUUUUGUGCGCUAUCGAUGGCCACGUUGUCUGUGCACUGGCAGUAGCCGAUCCAAUCAAACCCGAAGCCCAGUUAACUAUCUACCAGUUACGCAAUCGGCUGGGACUGGAAGUAAUAUUGUUGACCGGCGACAAUCUGAACUCGGCUACAGCUAUUGCCCGCCAGUGUGGACUCAAACGUGUAUUUGCCGAAGUACUGCCGUCGCACAAAGUGGCCAAAGUCCGAGAGUUUCAGUCGCGCGGCCUGAAGGUGGCAAUGGUUGGCGACGGUGUUAACGAUUCGCCAGCACUGGCGCAGGCAGACGUCGGCAUUGCCAUUGCCAACGGUACCGAUGUGGCGGUCGAAGCGGCCAAUAUUGUCUUAGUUCGGAACGAUUUGCUUGACGUCUACGCGACCAUUGAUUUGUCCCGAAAGACUGUCCGCCGAAUUCGUCUCAACUUUUUGUUUGCCAUUGUCUACAAUCUAAUUGGUAUACCAUUGGCUGCCGGUCUGUUUCUACGCUGGUCACUGGUUUUGCAGCCAUGGAUGGGCGCCGCAGCUAUGGCCGCCUCGUCGGUAACGGUAGUCUGUUCGUCGCUAUUGUUGAGACUCUAUCGUAAACCCAGUCGUCAGGAGUUGGAAACCGCUGACGAAUAUCGGAAAUAUUUACAGCGAUUGAACGCAAGACAUCGUCUACGACACGACUUGGACUCACUAUCGUUACAUCGCGGCGAUGACAGUGUCGGUGUCGUCGGCGGCAUCGGAGGAUCGGCUGCUGACUCCAGGAGACCAUUGCUACGCAAGUCGACGACUGGCAACAAUAGGACGACUGACGUCACCGAUAUGUCGUCGUCGUCAUCACCGAAAUCAUUGUAUACUUAA